AUGACCUCUUUGUCGCACAGCCCCCGCAUAAGAGACUGCGCGCGGACGUUUUUUGCGCUCGUGAAUCUGCGCAGCGGGGGACGCCGCUCCUCAGAGUACGUGCUCCACAAGCUCCGCGAUACACUUGGCGCUGAUCGGGUGUGGGUCCUCUUCGAAGGCGGAACUGCGGAGCGUCACCGCUCUGAGCUCGAGCUCUUCCUACGCAAGCAAGCGCCCGAGUACGUCAUCGUUGCCGGCGGUGAUGGUACCAUCUCCUUCGCGAUGGAUGUAAUCAAGCGACUGCACGAUCAAAACUUGCUCUCACCCAACCGUGGCGUGAUUGCGCCUUUCCCGCUCGGAACCGGCAACGAUUUCAGCUUUACGCUCGGCUUCGGCAGUGGUUUUGCACGCUGGAUCGUGCUGGGCGAGAAACGCUUCCAGCGCCUGAUGCGGGACUACGAGACGGCCACCGUCACAAAUGUUGAUAGAUGGUCUCUUCAUGUGACCACCACGACGCCACGGCACCCCAGUGGUUUGGUGCACACCCACGUAUUCAACAACUACUUCUCCAUCGGCUUUGAUGCAGCAGUGGCAAGCCGACUCAACCGCUUUCGCCGUCGCCACCCCUACCUCUUCACAACUAGGCCAGUGGUCAAACUGUGGUACGCUGCCUUUGCCGUUAUGGCUCUCUUUGCCGAAAAGAAGAUCGGCUCCUCCAUUCUGCUUGAGGUUGACGGGUGCUGCGUACCGGUGCCGGCGAGUGCCAAAUCUAUCGCGGUGUGCAACAUGCUGACGUACGCCGGCGGUUCUGUCGCCUGGAACGGUGAUGCUGUUGACCACUACGCCAAGCCGUCUGUGUGGGAUGGCCGCGUGGAGAUUGUCUGCUUCUAUGGCAUAUGGCAUCUGGCGCUUGUGCGCCUCGGCUGGUGCUAUGGGAAGAAGCUCGGACAGGGCACCACUGUCUGCAUUGAAACCGACUGCCACUCCUGCCAGUUUGAUGGCGAAGAGGUGCUAGACGUGGCGGACACUAAGGGCAAAUCCACGUUCCGCAUUGCCUACUUCUCCACCUCAGAGUGCCUAACCGUGCCGCCACGGCAGGAGACGAAUAUCUUUGUCCUCCUGCUCGCGCUUGCCGCGAUAGUAGUAGGCAUCAUGGGCAUUUUGUACCGCUCCCCCGUAUCGUAG